AUGAAUUUCGAUAGGUUGAAUCCCCUAUCACGAUAUUUAUCAUUUAGUGGAGUAGCUGGUAAGAAUAUCAAUAAUAAUGAUAAAUCCGAUGAAUUGAAUAAUCAUAAUAAUCAAAGACAACCACUGGUGGUACUAUCUAAUGACUUUGAAACGUUUGUUAAUCCUAUGGAAGUGAGUGAUUGGGGUAUAGAAGAAUCAGUUUCUUCUCCUACGCUAUCAAAUCAACAGUUAUACCCCAUACCGACUAACCAUAAUAUUCAUCAAUAUCAUCAACCUCAACAGCUACCCCAUUUAUACCCUGUUAAUUCAAGAAAUCUGAGUGUUAACAAAUAUCAUCAACAUAAUCAAGUCAAUCAUGACUUUUAUCAAGGUUAUCCCUAUUAUGAUCGAGUUGAACCACCAAUUUCACAUGUCAUUAUUAAAGGUAAUACGGAGAACUUUUCUAAAUUUAUUCAUAAAUAUCUUAGUAUGGAACAUUCAGUGCAUAAGUUUUGGGAGAAGUUCAAAUAUAAUCUUGUAAUAUCUGAUUUCUUAGAUAAUUCCAUGAUUUUAUCUAAAAAUGAGCAAUCAUUGAUUAAUUUAGAACAUGCCAUUAAAGAUACUGAAGAAAGUAAUGAAACAUUACGAAAUGUUAAGUUUUAUGAUGAUUUCAAUCAAUCUAAACUAACCAUUUUAAAUAAAUCUUAUCGAAUUGAUCAUAGUGGAUCAUAUAGUUUAAAUUCAGUUCUAUUGGUUAUCAGUUUGAUCAUCAAACUACUAAAUCAAUUAAAACAACAACCAGUACAUCCUACUCAAAGUCAAUACAAGCUUUUCAAAUACUUAAUUCUCAUAUCGUCUAAGUUGAUUAAAUUUUAUAAAUUCAAAUGGUCCAUUCAAUCAAAUCAAAUCUUAUCAUCUUUGAAUACAUUUUUGCUAUUGAAUUAUAAGAUAAAUAAACGAUUGAUACAAAAUUUAAUCAUAUUGAAAGAAUUGGAAAUGUUUAAGUUUUUAAAACCAGGUCAAAUCCAUCAUCCGGAAAAUAUUGAAGAUGAUGAUAGCGCUUAUAAACAACAAUUGAAAUCUCAUGUCAUUGAUUCAUUAAGCUUUUUGAAUUUAAAUUUAAAAUCAUCCAUAAAACAAUUAUUACCUUAUCUAAAUGGUGAAUUGUUAGAACUGUAUUUUAAUAUUAAUAAUAUCAUUAUACCUGAUGAUAAUGAAGCUGAUUCAGAUGAGGAAGAACCAAGAUCAAUCAAUUAUAUUGUUAAUCAAAUUAAUAAAUUUAAUCAAUUAAGAAGAUUAUUAAUUUGUCAAUUAUUAACUCUUAAUGAAUCCUCCAUAAAGAAGAACUUUUUCAUUUAUAAGUUGGAGGAUCAAUUUGAUAGAAAUGGAAAGUCUGACGAAAUUACUCAUAUUAAUAAUCUUGAUAAAUUAACCAUCCUUCAAAAUGUAUUAGAAAAUCAUAAUUCUUGUAUAAAUAAUAUGCAUGCCAAUUUCACUAAUUUUGAUUUAAUCUAUAAUUCGUCAUCCCAAUCUACAUCACAAGAAGAUCAGAAUAUUUUGAAUUUAUCAACGACAACAACCUUGGAUAGUGGACUCAUUUCCAACGAUAGUGAUUCCAAUUUGAAUCAAUUGAUUUCUAAAUUAUCAAAUUUAACUACUAAUUUAAAAUAUUUUCAAAAAUACAAUCAAUCGAUUAAAGAAAUUAAUAAUAUUGAUGAAUUAAAUGAAAAAAUCUUAAUAUUUAAUCAAUUUAAUGAUGAUUUAACUAAAAUCAAACAAUUGUAUCAAUCUAAUCAAAAUGAUUUAAACAACGAAGUAUUUGAAUUCGAACGCCAAAGACAACAACAGAAUACUCCAUCAGUAUCAACUAAUUCUCAUCGUUCUUCACUUGAUCAACCAAAUGAUAACAUCAAUACGGGUGAGUUCAGUUUGAAAUCAUUCCAUACUUCAACUUCUUCAGGUCAUACGAAGAUAAGAUCAUCAAGUAGGACAGGCAUAUCAACAACAAAUUCUCGAUCACCAUCACUAACUAUACCUUCUCCAAAGGAGCUUCAACCACCGUCAUCAAUUUCUUCUGGUAAGAAAUAUAAAAGAUUAUCAACUGGUUUGCAACUAGGUUUAUUAACUGUUUUUGAAGAUUCUCAACAAAAUAAGCAUUCACUUACUACUUCAUUAAACAAUCGUAGAUCUAAUGGAGGUAGAGUUUCAUUAGAUAUGGAUAAUUAUGCGACUAAUAUUAAUUAUGAAAGUUAUAAUCAAGAAGCAUUCAAUAAACUAAGUAGUAAUAGUCAAACCAAUAAUCAAACUUCUCAUCCUCAAGCUCAUUAUUCUUUAAAUUCAGUCAAUUCAAAUAUAAGUGGUAUAACGGAUUUGAUUAAUUCAAGUCAUAUUACAUCAUACAAUGAAGAAUUAAUUGAAGAUAAUUCUAAUCCGAAUCCUGAUACGAAUGUGAAUGGUGAAGUUCAAGGCAAAUAUUCGAAAUCACAAUUAAAAUUAAAACUUGAGGAAAGUUUUAAUCGAAUAUAUAAUUUAGAAAAUGAAAAUAAAAAAUUAAAAGGAGAAGAUAUCACCUUAUAUGCCAAUAAUACCAUUACGAAUAAUACUACUACUAAUGAAAUAACCACAACAUUAACGAACAAUACUAUUGUGGUGAAUAAUAAUAAUCCAUCAUCCACACCAUCUUUCUUAACUGAGUUAGAUCAUGUUUUAUCUCAUAAAUUAUCACAACCUCAUUUACAAGGAUAA